AUGGGAGGGCGCGGAUGCGCUUUCGUACGGGUGCGCGCGCGAUCGCGACGGCGAACGAGGGAGGGAAACGCGCGCGGGGCGCGCGGGGAAGAGAGUCCCGAGCGCGAGGGCGCGGCGCGGCGACGCGCGGCGACGAGGACACGACUGACGAACGCGCGCGCGAACAGACCGCAAACGCCCACGGUGCCGAUACCCGGCGGGGAGGGUGGAGGGGUGAAUUACCCGGCGUGGGCGACGACGGAACCGGCGCUGGUGCCGGUGGCGAUAAAUUGGACCCAAGGCGGGAACAGCGUGGAGGUGGAGGGGAGCUUUGAUAACUGGCAGUCUCGGCAGACGCUGCAUCGGAGCGGGAACAGGGAGUUUGCGAUCGUGAUGUCGCUGCGACCGGGGGUGUAUCAGUACAAGUUUAUAGUGGAUGGACAGUGGAAAUACGCGCCGGAUCAACCGGCGAUGUACGACGAGAUUGGCAACGUGAACAACGUGUUGGAGGUGCAGGAAUACGUGCCAGAAAUUUUGGAUAGCUUGGAUGCGUUUACGGCGCCGGCGUCGCCACCGGCGAGCUACGAUUGCGCACCGUUUAACUCGGACGACUUUGCAAAGGAACCGCCACCGCUACCACCGCAGUUGCACAUGACUCUGUUGAACAUGCCCAUGGUGCCCGACGCGCCGAAUUUGCUCCCGCGACCGCAACACGUGGUGCUCAAUCACACGUAUUGCGACGGGACAAAGUCGGAGAGCGGAGUGCAGGUGCUCGGAACGACGCACAGAUAUCGAUCAAAGUACAUCACGGUCGUCUUCUUGAAAGCCACGCAAUCGUAG